AUCUUGGUUUACUGGCAACUAUAUUAGAUACUCAUUUGAAAAAGUUGUCUUUAUUUGGUUACAACACUAAACAAAACACAAUAGAAGAAUCAAAAGAAAUUUAUCUACAAUAUGAGGAGAAUGAAAUUCUUCAAAUUUGUCAGAAACAUUAA